GCUCCGCUCCUUUGUCCCCCAUCACUUCGACACUGACGGGAGGCGACGAUGCAGCGAGGCCUGACGCACCUGAGCCACGUUUCACUGUGGCUGCUUCUCGCACAGACCUCUGCGGAUUUGCCCAUGUGCAAAGAGUCAGAUUAUCACUUUGAGUACACAGAGUGUGACGUGCUCGGGUCACGAUGGAGAGUGGCCGUUCCCAACAAAGCCGACACAUGCACAGGUCUACCAGAUCCAGUCAAGGGCACUCAGUGCUCCUUCUCCUGUAGCGAGGGAGAGUUCCUCGACAUGCAGUCGCAGACGUGCCAGAAGUGCGCUGCAGGCACCUACUCUCUGGGCACCGGUGUGGCCUUUGAUGAGUGGGACAGCCUGCCGACAGGUUUUGUCACCCACGGGGUGACCACAAACGGCGGGGAUGCCAACACACACUGCUCCAACUCAACCUGGACACCAAAGGGUGAUUACAUAGUCUCAAACUCAGAUGAGUGCACUGCAAUGCUGUCCUAUGCCGUAAGCCUGAAGAAACCUGGAACCGUGUCCUUUGAGUAUUUCUACCCUGACAACAGUAUCUACUUUGAGUUCUUUGUGCAGAAUGACCAGUGUCAGUCUACAGACUCCGAAAGCCGGUGGAUGAAGCUCUCAGAGAACAACUGGAGUAAAUACGAGGUUGAGCUGAAUAAUGGCAAUAAUGUGCUGUACUGGAGAACCACUGCGUACACUCUGUUGGGCAGUGCUGUCAAACCUGUGCUGUUAAGAAACAUUGCCAUCUCAGGGGUGGCAUACACAUCAGAGUGUUUCCAUUGUAAACCUGGCACUCACAGUGCAAAACCUGGAUCUGCCCGCUGCGCCCCCUGCCCUGCUGAUACCUACUCCACUAAGGGUGCCACUGUUUGCCAUCAGUGUGAACUAGACAAAUAUGCAGAGGCUGGUUCAGGGAGCUGCAAACCGAGACCUGCAUGUACAAACAGUGACUACUUGUACACUCACACUCCCUGUGACGCUGAGGGAAAGACCCAGCUCAUGUACAAGUGGAUUGAACCUAAGAUCUGCAAUGAGACAAGUGAAGGAGCGGUGGAGCUUCCCGCAUCGGGGGAGAAGCAGACCUGUCCACCGUGUAACCCGGGUUUCUUUGUCACCAACUCCUCCACCUGUGAGCCCUGCAUCAACGGUUUCUACUCAAAUGGAACAGCCUGUGCUAAGUGCCCUGUUGGCACAGAGCCGGUGGUGGGCUUCGAGUACAAAUGGUGGAACACGAUGCCAAGGAACAUGAAGAGCUCCAUCUUCACACGAGAGUUCGGCAGCUCCGACCACAGCACGGCAUGGGAGGUGGCUGGAGAGUAUGUUUACACCACCCCUGGGGAUCAGGACACAGACUAUCUGAUGCUCAUGCUCAAUGUCCCUGGAUACAGGCUGCCUCAGUCACUGGCCAAAGACAGUGAACUUUCUCGCAUCACCUUUGUGUUUGAGACCACGUGUACGGCCGACUGCAAACUCUACUUCCUAGCUGGUUAUAAUCAGUGGAAUAACGACGUGGUGGAGCAGUGGAAAGGCAGCAAAGGGAAACAGUCGUACUCCUACCUGAUCCAGAGCAACAGCACCGUCAGCUUCACCUGGACAUUUCAACGAACGGAGACAUUUAACAUGGAGAGGAAAUACAGCGGUGACAAAGCAAAAAUCUAUGCCAUCCACAUUACAAACGUGGUCGGAGGUGUAGCCUCGCAGUGUCGCCGCUGUGCCCUGAGCUCUGCUAAGGCCAACUCCGCCUGUGUUCCCUGUCCACCGGGACACUACAUGGUCACCGGGACAGGGGUGUGUAAGAGAUGCUCGCCCAACACCUUCAUCAGGGCAGAGCAGCCUGUCGGAGAGGCCGCUUGUGUUCAGUGUGGUCCAAACACAAAAAGAAACAAGGCUUACUCAGGUUGUCUCAGUGACUGUACGCUGGACGUGCAGACGAGAGGAGGAGCACUGCUGCACUAUGACUUCUCUCCUCUGUCCAACGUCACCGGCCUCCACAGCAGCCCCAGCUUCACCAACAAAGGCCUGAGAUAUUUCCAUCGCUUUAAUUUGUGUCUGUGUGGGAAAGAGGGCCGUGCGCCAGCCACCUGUAUUGACAAUGUAACAGAGAGUGGGACGGGACGGAGAGAGGUCAAAGGUUACAUCUGCCAGUCCACUGUGGUUCCCUCUGAAAUCAGGAGUCAGAGCGUGGUGUCCUCCCAGCCUUUCCUUAUCGCUGACUCAAUCAUUGGUGUGACCACUGACACAACGCUGAGCAGCAUCUCUUCUCCAAAAUGGUUGUUCCCCUCUGCGUCCGGCCUGCCAGAUGUCAUAUUCUAUUACAAGUCCAGUGAGACGACUCAGGCUUGCAAACAAGGCAGGUCAGCCACGAUCAGACUGAGGUGCAAUCCCACUGUGACGGCCAAAGACCACAUCACACUGCCGAGUAACUGUUCAGAGGGGACGUGUGACGGUUGUACUUUCCACUUUCUGUGGCAGAGCCAGCAUGCGUGUCCACUCUGCACCAAAAACCACUACAGAGAGAUCGUCAGCGCUUGUAUCCAGGGAAUACAGAGAACCACCUAUAUUUGGCAGCAGCCGUUGCAGUGUUACGGAGGAGUGUCCCUACCAGCGCAAAAAGUCAGUGCUUGUGUGACUCUGGAUUUCUGGCUCAAGUUUGGCGUUUCCACGGGAACGAUCGCUGCUGUGCUACUCAUCAGCAUCAGCUGCUAUUUCUGGAAGAAGACACGCAAGUUGCAGUAUAAAUACUCCAAGCUGAUGAUGAGCUCUGGGGGUAAAGAGUGCGAGCUGCCCACUGCAGACAGCUGUGCAAUAAUGGAAGGAGAGGACGCAGAGGAUGACCUCAUGGACCUCACCAGGAAAUCCUUCUUCACCAAAAUAAAUUCCUUCUCACGAGCGAGGACGUCGGAUGGAUUCGACUCGGUUCCACUUAAGUCGUCAUCUUCAGGCCACCAAAGAGACGAUGAAGACUCCGAUGAUGCUUAAAUCAGAGGAUGAACAGAUCUUUCUGCAGAGGGACUGUUAGAUUUUAGAUUGGUUUGACAUCAGUGCAGCUCCAACACAUUUCUUUGUGGAGUCAUAGAAAACAGAGAUGGGCUGUGAAUGUUUUUUCUUUAUUACAAAAGAUAUAGGCUUACUGAGGGAGUUUUAUAAUAAUGUCAGUGUCAGUUUUAUUUCGUAUUAUUGGUCAUUUGUUAGGUUUCCAAACCUAAUAUUGAAAUACAAAGUCUCCAUAUUGGGGAUAUUGUGUAUUUUCAAAGCCCACCGUGAAUUUCAAAAUGAUCUAAGACCCAAACUAUAGAUAAAGUAACACUUUUUGUAGAUCUGCGAGGCUGUGCACAUUUUACAUAACUGUUACUAUGUACUUCAUUUUUUGUCUUUUUUUUGUCUUUUUUUGUUUUUGUUUUAUUAGACCAGCCAUCUAGUUCAGUCAACUUUAUAUGGUAGUAUGUGAAUUAAAUUUUGUUUUGGAUUUUGAUAACCUUUUAUGCUGCACCUAAGAUUAUGAUUGAAUUUUGUUUUACUGUGAAGUAAAGACAUUUUCUACACUGAAAAAGCAACAAAUGUGCAUCUCUGGGAAUUAAGAAUAACCUUUAAAGCUGCGUUCAGGUGCUCCUUGUAAGAUUAUAUUGCAGAGCACGAAAAAAUUAUAUCACUUCACGAUAUUUAUAUUAUAUAUAAUACCUAAAAUAUAGUAUAUAUAGUACUUUUUUGCCACUUCUUUAUAUGUUUAUAUGUUUUUUUCAUGUGAUUGAAAAAAUGCCUCUAUAUCAAAAGUGUUUUUUGUAGUUGUUGGUUUAAUUAAAAAAACAAACAAAUAGAAGGAAUUUAAACUCAAAUAUAAGAAUUAUGUUAAUAACUGAAUAUGCUAAUAAUAAAAUAAUAGAUUUUUACUAAACAUUGCUGCAUAUUGAUGACCUGAUACCAAAGUGAACAGGUGGAAAACAUAUAUUAUUAAUAAAAAUGUAUUAAUUAGACAUGAUCAUGAAGCUUUUCUGUAAUUUUCCAUGGAACAAUCAAAUUACUUGUCCACAACACAUUUUAAAUGUCACAUCUUGGUAAAUUAAAUAUGAUUAUGAGCAUUGGUGGAAUGUAAAUAAGGAAUUUACUCAAGUAUUUUACUUAAGUACUUCAAUUUUCUGCUACUUUAUACUUCAACUUCAGUAAAAUUGAGAAUUAAAUAUUGUACUUCUAACUUGCCUCACAAUUAUCUGUCAGCUAUAGAUGGCGGUUACUUUGCAGAUUAAGAUUUUUACUUAUAAAACGUGAUCAUCAUA